AUGGCAGAAGUAGGAGAAUCUGAUAUGGGUUCUCUCCGACAUGCAACCGGAGGUGCCGAUGGUGGUGCUGGAAUUGGAGGAGGUGCAGGUAGUGGUGGUGCUGCUGGAGGCGGCGUUGGAGGUGCUAAUGGAGGAGCUGGAGUUGGAGGAGGUGCAGGUGGUGGUGGUGCCGCUAGAGGUGGCGCUGGAGGAGGUGUAGGUGGUGGUGCUGGGGCUGGAGCUAGUGUUGGAGGAGCAGGUGGUGGUGGUGGAGUUGGAGGCAGUGCAGGUGGUGGUGCUGGAGGUGGCAUUGGAGGAGGUGCAGGGGGUGGAGCUGGUGGAGGAGUAGGUGGUGGUGUAGGUGGUGGGGCUGGUGGAGGUGUAGGAGGAGGAGCCCGAGGAGGCGUUGGCAAAGGUGCUGGAGGUGGGGCCGGUGGCGGAAAAAGGGGUGGAGCAGAUGGUGGCUUUGGGAAAGGUGGAGGUAUAGGAGGUGGUGCAGGUGGUGGUUUUGGGGCUGGAGGAGGUUUUGGUGGAGGGCAUAGGGGAUUUGGUAAGGGUGGAGGAGUUGGCGCGGGCGGUGGAUUCGGAGGCCGGACUAGUCCUAGAAUUGGACGUCGCAAAUUGUGA